AUGGAAACCGCCAUGCUACACCCACACUCGGUGGCCCAAGCCUUCCUCAAGAACCGCGAGGCCAAGUCAGAUGCCCGCAAAGCCGCCUAUAUGUACCAGCAGAUGCCCGCCACGCCCAUCUACUCUCGCCCCGGUUCAUCUGGCUCUCAGCCACCUACGCUCUACAGCAAUGGUGCCCACAAGACAAACAUGAUGCUCGACACCGACGUCUAUGACAGCCACUUUCCCUCUACGCCACCUUUGUCUACUUCUGGCAGCGCCAUUGGUAGCCCCAAGAUGUGCGACGCCAUGCAGACCCCCGUCAACCCCAUGUUCUCGGGUCUCGAUGGUUGUUUCCCGGUCAAGGAUCUCUUUGAUUCGGCUGAAACCUCGGUCUUGGACUGGUCUAGCUGCGCUUCCCCUCCCAUGACGCCUGUCUACAUCGCCUCGCAGCCUUUCGCUUUCCAGCAGAGCACCAGUGACAUCUUGUCCAUGACCUCAUGCCCGUCACUCUCUCCCUCACCGACGCCUGCUUAUGCCCGGUCCAUUUCCUCUGAGCAGGAUGUCGACUUCUGCGACCCCCGCAACCUUACCGUCUCCGCCGGCAGCAACCCUACUCUUGCUCCCGAUUUUAGCCUGUCCAACAUGGGUGAUACCCAUCUCAAGACCGCCAACGCUCAGUCUACCUUUGAUUUCAACCCUGCUAUUCCCCACGGCCUUCCAGCCUUCCAGGACCUUGAUGAUCUGGACUCUGAGGAUGACUUCACCAAUCUUGUCAACAUUGAAGCCAGCAGCGCUCCUGAGAUCACCCGUCCCCGCGCGUGCACCGGCUCAUCGGUCGUGUCCCUUGGCCACUGCAGCUUUGACGAUGACCUGAGCUGUGAAGACAGCGACACUUUUGCCUUUUUGCCGUUUCCCAACGCCGACGCGCUCCCCUGCCACGAAGAUGACCACCGCGACAAGAAGCAGAAGAAGUCUCACGAUGAUACCGACAUUGUCUCUGAGCCUACUGAUGACGAGAUGGAGGCUAGCAGUGCUGGCUCUGACUCUUCCGAAUCGACCGUAUCAUCCCCUGGUGAUGAUGACAGCACACCCUCUGUCGCUGCCCCCCCCAGUCGCCGUGGUCGCAAGCAGUCGCUCACCGAGGAUCCUUCCAAGACGUUCGUUUGCGACCUCUGCAACCGCCGCUUCCGUCGGCAAGAGCAUCUCAAGCGCCACUACCGCUCCCUCCACACCCAAGAGAAGCCAUUCGAGUGCAACGAGUGUGGCAAGAAGUUCUCUCGUAGCGACAACCUUGCCCAGCACGCCCGUACCCACUCCGGUGGUGCCAUCGUCAUGGACCUGAUUGAAGACCACGCCUCACACUUUGACGGUAGUGGCAUGUCCGUCUCAACAGGAGACGACUUCUCCUAUGGCAAAGUCAUGUUCCAGAUUGGCUCUGAGCUCCCGGACGUAUCGGAAGAUGCUUCGGACAAGAAGAAGAAGCGCAAGCGCUCCGAGUAA